GACGUGUGCAGUGAGGAGGAGGAGGCGUGUCCAAACUGAACUGUAAUAACAGGUUUUAUGCUGGGUGAAAAACAUCGAAGCGACGGUGGUGACAAACAGAUCAUUUCAACACGUAUUCAGAGGAUGUACAGUGGAGCCAUGGUUCACCUGUCUGCUGGGCUGUUGCUAUUUGUUUCUCUCCAGAGCUCAGUACUCGCCCUCCAGAAUGGUUCCCUGCCUCGGACUUUCUCUGGGCACUUUGUCUUGGUCACCUAUGAGCCCGUGGACUUUAUUGACCUGUCGGCAUCAGACGGCGUGGGGGACGACGGGGGGUCGGGCUCCGGAUCGGAGCAGGAGCCGGUGAAAGGACACGGUCACCACGGCUCACGCCAUCACCCACAGAAACACUAUUUUGUCUCGGAGGGGGUCAAGCGUUUUCUCCAAGGUCGCCUGGCAACGAGCUUUAUCCCGACCGUUUACACCCUCGUCUUCAUCAUCAGUGUGCCCCUCAACCUCGCUGCUGUGGUGAUGUUUGUGCAUCAGAUCCGUCCCAGGAAGCCGGCAGUGAUCUACAUGCUGAACCUGGCCUGCGCUGACCUGCUGUUCGGCCUGCUCCUUCCUUUCAAGAUAGCCUACCAUUACCAUGGCAACAACUGGAUCUAUGGCUCCUUCAUGUGCGGGGUUGUGACGGCCGCCUUCUACUGCAACAUGUACUGCUCUGUCCUGCUCAUCACGUGCAUCAGCAUCGACCGCUUCCUGGCUGUGGUCUACCCCAUGAACUCCCUGACCUGGCGCAGCCCUCAGACGGCCUCGGCUGUGUGCGCCGCCAUGUGGCUGUUGGCCCUCGGGGGGGUCUGCCCUCUGCUGGUCUCAGGACAGACCGUCUAUUUGCCAGACCUGGACAUCACCACCUGCCACGAUGUGCUGGAUGUGGAACAACUACAAGCUUACUAUCUGUACUUCUUCCCCAUCUACUCUUCGGUUUUCUUCUUCAUCCCUCUCGUCUUCACCGUCGUCUGUUACGUCCGGAUCAUCCAGGCUCUGGCGGAGACCAACGUGGAGAACCGCUCCAGGAAGACUCGGGCUGUGGUGAUGGCGGCGGUUGUGCUGGUGGUGUUUGUGGUCUGCUUCACUCCCACCAACAUCCUCUUGAUGGUCCACUACGUUCAAGUGUCCCACAGCUCCAGUGACGACUCCUACCAGGCCUACCUGCUCUCCUUGUGCGUGGGCAGCCUCAGCUGCUGUCUGGAUCCAGUCCUCUAUUACUUCGGCUCCUCUCAGUGCCAGAAGCAGAUGGCUGCUGUGCUCAGAUGUAGGCGACUGGCGAAGGUGGAGCGCAGCUCAGAGACGCACAGCACAAGAAGCAGUGGGCGGACAGACAGCAGCAGGUUAAGCAAGAUGGAGAGCGCUGAAACGGGCCUGGGCAGCCACUACAGCCGGCUGGUGGCUUAGGUGCAUGAGGAGGCUGAGACACUUCCAACACACACCCACACUAUAUCACAUCAAUGUGUAUCUGAAACAUUACUGCUUCUGUUUGACCAAAGGAAGAAUCGAAACAGCACAAUCACUUACUUACAUGUUUCUGUAUAUAUGCACAGUGUGGUUUGAAAAGGUUUUGGAGAUGAUGUAUGCAGCCUUGUUCAACUGGAAUUAUUUAGUCUUUAAUUAGUUUUUCUUUGAUGUAUCAUUGUUCAACAUACAUUCACCACAGAGACAAUUAUUUCACAGCAAAGCAUUUUUCUUUCAAAACAUGACUUUUAAUGAAUUACAGAAUAUACAACAAUAAUAAUAAUAAUAAUAAUUGUCUCUUUAAUCUGAAGAAAAUCAUGUAAUGUGAUGUAAUCAUUGGAGAACAAUAAAAGUGGCUGUUAGGUUUUUAAAGGUGAGCAGAUCAAAUUAAUCACAUUCAUUAAGUGUGUAAAUAUCCAAGCUUGUGCUGAAGCAUCAAUCAAAAGAAAACUACUGCAUUACACAUAAUUCUGCUUAACACAAAAGUUGUUAUCUCUUGUGUUUUUUCUAUUGCUGCUCACUGUCCUUGUUGUCUGGGCACAGCUCUGAAACACAGGAAAAGAUUUAAAAAAGAUUAACUGUGAGAUCAAAGCAGAGGGAAGUGUUUCUUCUUGGAAUUACUGCGAACAUAAUCAAAAUACACAAUGCAUGACCAUGUUUAAAAGCAGCAUCUCCACCUUGUGGAAACUUGUGUAAGUGGCCCUGACCAGUAAAGAUGAGGACAAACAGCUAUUUUUCUAUAAAAGAGUGAUGAAAACUGCUUAUCACUUACCGGUUUUCCCAUCGUAGCUGUGGAAGUUCUCCGGGAAGUUUAGACACCCGACUUGCUUCUUGAAAAUUUCAACAUUUUUGGGAUCUAUUAGUCCUGUCCUGGCUGAAAGAGGAGAGAGAGGUUUUCUUUAAAAGAAGGAGCGUGCAUGUUUGAAACUCUGUCCAAAGGUGUGGAGGAGGACGGGACUCACUGAACUGCAGGAUGUAUCUACCGGUGACGUCCCCAUUUCUGAAGGUGUCUGUCCACAGCAGGCAGUCCGGGCACGUCUGCAGGAUGUGUCCUUUGUGCUCAGACAGAUUCUCUUUGAAGAAAAGGGACCGAUUGUCACAUGACAUCUAUGUUUGUAAUUGCAGACUCGUGGAAAGAUAAAUAAACUCACUGCGAAAUGUGGUUGCAGGUCCUGACACUGUUGCAUUGACCUCCCCCAGAAUGCACCGAUUACUGAAAAGCCCGAUAAGUUAGGACACAGGUUUACUUUCAUCUACUAGAAACUUAACAUAGUCAUUUUUUUUAAUUAUUUAGUCCUGUAGAACGUUUUCUGAUUCAUUUAAUGUAAUUUCACUUACAAGCAGUGAUCUCCCCAUCGCAGUGUCACAGUCUGACUGUCGGAGGUGGGAGACAAAUCUAUCCAGGAGCUCUUCAGAGACUCCAGCGCCUUGUGGUACUGCUUCGGGUCUCCAGCUCCCAUCACAUACACCCACUUUCCAAACACCUAAGAAAGUCAAGAUUCCAAUGUAACUACAGUAUUUUACUCACAUCUCAUUUUGCUCACUAACAAUACACUUUCUAUAAUCAUAAAAUAAAACUGUCUUUGAUAUAAAUGAGAAAUCUAAGAAUGACUCACCAGUUUGGGGUCGUCCGGUAUAAAAGGUUUGACCAGGUCCUUGCAGUCGGGUGCGAAUGCAGCACUGAGGGAAGUGAGAGCCAAGAGCAACACGGCACCACGAGCAGCCAUGUUCAGACUGAUGAGGAGGAGAAUCGCUGCAGAGGAAGAGCCUGCGA